AUGGCGCUGGCCGCCGAACCGCAACUCAGCAUCACCCUCGUCGGUGACCCGGAUGUCGUCCAUGCGGAACUCGCCCGGCACGACGUGCGCGGUCUGGCUAUUGGUGUGGCCCCAUCGGAGGGGAAAAUUACCGACGACGAGCAUCCGGUGUCGGCGUUGCGACGCAAGCCCCGUUCGUCGAUAGUAGUCGCCACGCAACUGGUGAAACACGGUGAUGCAGACCUGGUGGUGUCCAUGGGCCCCACCGGCGCCAGCAUGGCCACCGCAGUGAUGGGGAUCGGCCUCCUGGAAGGCUUGGAACGCCCGUGCAUCGGAGGGAAUUUUCUGGGGCUGUCGCCGAACAUUACCCUGGUCGACCUGGGGAGCAACGUGGAUUGCCGGCCGUCGUUGCUGCUGAGCUUCGCGGCUAUGGGCGUUGCUUUCUCGCGCCGCCUUUUGAACAUUGACAAUCCUCGGGUGGCGCUCCUCAGCGUGGGUGAGGAAGCGGCCAAGGGAAACCGGCAGGUUCAGGAGAGCCACGCGGUUUUCAACGACAGUUAUCUCAAUUUCGUUGGCAAUGUUGAAGGGAUGGAUUUCUUCAACGAUAAAGCCGACGUGAUAGUUUGCGACGGGUUUAUCGGCAACAUUCUCAUCAAGUUUACCGAGGGUUUCGGGUCGGCGCUGCGACCAUACCUGGAGAAUCAUCUGGCCACGCUGUUGCCACCCGAUCAACUGGAUCGGCUGGCCGACGCGCUGUGGGACACAACCAACAAAGCGCGCACCAUGGGCGGUCCUUUGUUCGGAUUGGACGGUUUGGUGUUGGUUGGUCACGGAUCAGCCGGCCCGGAAGGUGUCGCCGGCGCGAUUGAUACCGGUAUUCUGUCCCACCGGAUUGACCUGGUGGAGGCUUUCAGGCAAGAAUUGUCGGAGCUACAGCGGACGGGCCCGCUCGAACGCUAA